AUGAAGCGUCAAGAACCCUGCGAGCCUUCGCAGGAUAGCCAGCCUUCAAUAAAGAGAGGCCCGUCCCGCCGGCCUCCAAGGGCCUCUCAAGCAUGUCGAUCUUGUGCUGCCUCCAAGGUUCGAUGUGACGACCUUGAGAGAUGCCGACGGUGCCUGAAGCGUGGCGUUGCCUGUGUUCGCCCAACUCAGGUUGCACAAUGCCACCAGACGAUUUUGGUGGAGCCACUACGCGCCCCAAGCGAUUCAAGCACAAGCAUCUCCGUCGACACGGAAGACUCUUGCAUCCUAGAGUUGACCGCACCGAAGCCCUCUGGGACAGCGCCAAUUGCCGUCCCCACCGAAGAGGAUGGAGGAGGCCUUAUCAUGGGCGACAGCGACGCCACGAUUGGCUUCGCUUUUCCAAAUUCACCCUUGUCACUAGGUCAUCCGGGCUCUUCACAGGUGGGUCAAGUGAUAUUCCCUCAAGGCGGUCAAUAUGCUGAGAGAUCGCAGCCGCGCGGCGAUAUGCAGCCUGAAGACAACCUUGGCGACAUUUUGCCCGCCGACACCACCGAGUGGUUAAAGAAUGCCCCCUUGCACGCCGAAUUCGACCAAUCGCUUCUUUUCCCCUUCUCGCUUAUUGACUUCUCUGGAUUUUCCGAGGCUAUUCAAAUGCACGACUCGACAGACUUGGCCGACAUAACCUCCAAGACCUUGCAGCCCCAGGACAAAACUGUUUUUGAGGAAGCCGUCAUAGCCUACAAUACCACUCUAGGAGGCUGGAAGCCAACUCCCGAGGAUUAUGUAGCUGCAGCCAGAGCCUCUCUGUAUGUUCCGCUGGAGGAACAAGCUCGGCUGCUGGAAGACUUGUGCCAUUUCAAUCCCGUUGUAAUCGAUACAUGUUUGUCGGCUGAACGAAGAGAAGACAUCAUGCUUGCCAUGAUUGACGGCACUCAGACCGCCCACUCGUUGCUCGCAGUUCGCAUGUUCCCCUCAGCCGAAAUACUAGACAAGUUACUCAAAGCAUUCCUUAGCACCCAGGAGACCAGCGCUUUGGCCUUCAUCCACCUUUCGACGUUCGAUCCAUCCACUUGCAGUUUGCACCUUCUAAUAGCAUGCAUCGUCGCGGGUGCCGCGUUGUCACAAAGCCCUUCGGCCCGUAAGUUCGGGCUAGCGCUGCUUGACGUGCUACGUCUUCAUCUUGCAGCAUCAGCUGAACGGGAUAAUACCUUGACUCGCGACAUAUCGUAUGUCCAAUCGCUCAUGAUAUUGUCAGAAACGGGUCUUUGGAGUGGAGAUAAAAGGAUAUCCGAAAUGUCUGAUAUCUUGUCAGGGCUUGCAGCAUCGAUGUUACGACACGGCGGUCGAUUUGCUCAACACGCCUAUCUCAACCCCGGUCUCAUGUUGGAGGAGCCUCGGGGCGAUCUGGAUGAGGCAUGGAGAAGUUGGGCAGAACAGGAGUCUUUGAAGCGGACGGUUCAUCGACAUCUUCUGCAGUGCACACAGCGGUCCGUCAUAAGGAACAUGCCAGCGCAGAUUUGUCCCCUGGAAGUCACGACACCUAUACCUGAAGAUUGCCGGUUUUGGUUUGCAAAGUCAGCGAUUGAGUGGAGGUCCAUCUACCUAGACUCUCAACCUCAACAACCUUUCGGAGAGCCAAGAAUGUCCAUCUCCGACUGCCUCUCUGAUAUCCAAUCUAUCGACCGCCUUCCGUCCUCGCAGUCGUCUAAAUCGGCCCAGUUAUCGAUGCUUUACUCUUUUCUUUCUAUGCUUGUCGACGAUCGUCGCCGAAGCGUACUUUUCCACAAGCAACGGGACUCUGGCUGGUCAUUUACUGAUGUGACUCGAUCAGAUAAUCAUUCAGAUUUGGUCUAUUUGUUUAAGGAGCUGCGAGACGUGAUCGAAAAAGAUCCAAUUGCCACCAGAUCAGUUCAUGUUACCUUCAUGGUCGAGUUCAAUAUCCUUUACUCGGCCACCCCCCGAUAUCUCAGAGAUUUCCUUUUGACGGAUGGAAAACAGGCGCCUGCUCCUGAAGCCUUUUCACAACUUCACGAGUGGCAGCAGAGUAGAGCCAGCAGGUCAGCAAUUUGGCAUGCUGGUCAGCUUAUGAGAGCUUGUAGAGAGAUCGAGCCAAAAGAACGGACCGAUUUCCAUUUGCUUGGUGUCUAUCGUGCCCUAUUGUGCCUCUGGACGUACUGGACUGCCACGAGAAAGAAUUCGCCAACUAUGACCGACAUCAACAGAUACGCAGAUAGCUCGCCCCAGGUUCUACUGGACGGGCACGAGUCGCUUGAAUCUCAGCGCUGGAUUAGUCACAACAACGGUGCCCCGUACCUGGCAAGGCCACCUCAGUCGAGCGAGUUGCGGGACAUGGUCCCUGACCUAGUUCCAGUCGACGCUAUUGAUUCGGGGGGGAAUUUGUUCAAACUACCUUUAGUCGGCUUGCUAAACGAGUGCUUCUCCUUUAAGACCACAGGAAGACAUAUUCCUAUUCUCCAACAUGCUUCACUUAUCUUGUGUAGCUUAGAAAGGUUAUAG